AUGAUUCCCCUCAAAACUCAUCCACAAUCCCCCUCCAUCUUCUCCGUUUCCAAAACUAACCCACUUCGCCGCUCUCUCCAACCCAUUUCCCCCUCUCUUCUCUCACUCAAACACCUACCAUCUCCCUCUUCCAAUCUUCUCAGGGUUUCAAAAGCUGGAGCUUCAGUUUGUAGAACGGAACACCAUGAAGAAGAACAAAAAGAGCAGGGGGUUUCGCUGGAACUUCACGAUUUGUCACCAAAUGGAGCUGUGUAUCAGAAAACGCUGCAAUUGGUUGAGUGUUCCAUGUUUGCUGCACUCACCGGUCUCGUCUAUUUCCUGAGCAAUUCUCUUGCCAUGGAGAAUUACUUUAGUUGUUUCUUCUCAUUGCCAAUAGUUAUAUCGUCAAUGAGAUGGGGUAUUGAUGCUGGAAGGAAAACUCUGGUGGCAACAACUAUACUUUUGCUUGUCUUGUCUGGUCCAGUAAAAGCUCUAACUUAUCUGCUUAAGCAUGGUAUAGUCGGUUUCACAAUGGGUACUUUGUGGAGGUCGGGAGCCAGUUGGAAUCUGUCAAUUUUCUUGUGCACAAUUGUACGGGCACUGGGUGCCGUUGGCUUUGUCUUGGUUUCGUCUUUCUUGAUAAGGGAAAACAUAUUAGCUUUGAUUACCAUUAACAUCCAUGCUUCUCUCACAUUUGUUCUCACUGCUUCUGGUGUUAAUUCUAUUCCUUCAAUGAACGUGAUAUAUACCCUAUUUGGUAUUUUGGUUUUAAUCAAUAGUGGAUGUUUCAUGUUCUUGCUCCACCUGUUGUAUUCCGUUUUCCUUACUAGAAUGGGGAUGAAGUCUUCACUAAGAUUGCCAACAUGGCUCGAGAAAGCCAUAUGA